AUGAACCUUACACCACAGCUCGCGUCUUUCUCCAUCCCAGCAAUCGACAAUGAACCUAUGAAAUCUUAUGCACCUGGCUCUCCUGAGCGUCAGGCUUUGCAGGCAGCCAUCCGGCAGAUGGAGCAGGAGCUGCCUUUCGAGGUUCCAUGCAUCGUGAACGGACAAGAAGUCCGAACUGGAAAGCUUGCGAAGCAACCUCUACCACACGACCACGCCAAACACCUAUGCCAAUACCACGAGGCCGACGAGGUCACUGCCGCCAAAGCUAUCGAAGGAGCGUUGGCCGCCAAGGCCGAAUGGGAAGCUAUGCCCUGGAAUGAUAGGGCUGCUAUCUUCUUGAAGGCGGCAGACCUCGUUAGCCAGAAGUAUAGGUACAAGCUUAUGGCUGCGACGAUCCUCGGUCAGGGAAAGAAUGCAUGGCAGGCUGAGAUUGAUGCUGCCGCUGAGCUCGCCGACUUCCUUCGAUUUGGUGUGAAGUAUGUGGAAGAGCUGUAUGCUCAACAGCCACCAAAGAACGCGCAGGGGUCAUGGAAUCGUGUUGAAUACCGGGCACUCGAAGGAUUUGUCCUCGCUGUUUCUCCUUUCAACUUUACCGCCAUUGGUGGAAACCUUCCUGGAGCCCCCGCACUCGUCGGCAACGUCGUCGUCUGGAAGCCUGCACCGGCUGCAACUUAUUCCAACUACCUCGUCUACCAAAUCCUCGCCGAGGCUGGUGUACCACCUGGCGUCAUCCAGUUCGUCCCUGGCCCACCAGCCGAAGUCGUGGCACAAGCCAUCGGCCACCGUGAAUUCUCCGCUCUGCACUUCACUGGCAGCACCUUUGUGUUCAAGAAACUAUGGAAGGACAUCGCUAUGAACUUGGACAAGUAUAGAGGCUAUCCUAGGAUUGUGGGCGAGACGGGAGGCAAGAACUUCCAUUUGGUUCAUAAGAGUGCGGAAGUGAGGAACGCGGUUCUCCAGAGCGUGCGAGCUGGAUUCGAGUAUCAGGGCCAGAAAUGUUCGGCACUUUCACGACUCUAUGUCUCAAGAUCUGUUUGGGAGAACGGAUUCAAGGACCAGUUCUUAGGCGAGGUCGCGAAGAUCAAGGUCGGACCACCUCAAGACUUUGGUAACUUUAUGGGUCCUGUCAUUGGUCGAUCGGCUUACGACAAGAUUCUGGGAUACAUCCAGAAAGCUAAGGAUGCUGGUGGAGAGGUCCUGAUUGGAGGCACUGGCGAUGACUCCAAGGGAUACUUCAUCCAACCAACUGUCAUCCUCACCAAGGAUCCCAAGUCGGUCACGAUGGUGGAGGAGAUUUUCGGGCCCGUGAUCACUGUCUUCGUGUAUGAGGACGAUGACUUUGAGAAGACCCUCGAGUUGAUUGAUACCACCACGGACUACGCCUUGACUGGUGCAAUCUUCUCGCAAGACCGCAAGGUCCUCAUCUCCGCUACCAACAAGCUCAGAAACUCUGCUGGCAACGUGUACUACAACGAGAAAUGCACAGGGGCCGUGGUCGGGCAGCAGCCGUUCGGCGGUGGACGGGCGAGCGGGACGAACGAUAAAGCUGGGAGCAUUAAUUUGUUCUAUAGGUUCGUCAGUCCCAGGAGUAUCAAGGAGAACUUCGUGGGGCUUGAGGACUUCCAGUAUCCUUCCAACUUGGUGUAGUGGGAUGAAUGUUGCGAUUGGACUCCGACUCGUGAUUGGACUCUGGACUGUGGACUCCGAUUUUGAAUUCUUUGCAUCGUUGGUUAUGUUGUAUAGUAGAUAUCCAUUCCCCAUCCAAGUGUACAAUUGCCAAUAGAACUCUAUAUUCAGAACUACUCAGAUAAUGUCUAGCUUAGACC